AUGAGCUUGUCUAAGGCUUGGCUAGAAAUAACCGAAGACCCGAGAUGUAGUAACUAUCAAAAGGAAAAAACAUAUUGCUCUCGUAUUUACAACGUUUUCCUCAAGUUGGAAGAUCAAGAAGAUGGAUACCGUGAUGCCGAUGGUAUCGGCGCGAAGUGGCGUAAAAUGCGUCCUUUGAUUCAAAGUUUCAACCAAAUAUACACUCGCCUAAGUAACUCGCGUGUGCGCCAAAGUGGUUCCGACGAUGCGAUGCUCCAAGCAAACGCCCAAAAUGAAUUCCGAGUCGAACACAAGAAGGCGUUUCCUUAUCUUGCUAUUUGGCAAUUUUUAAGGAGUUCGAAAUUUCACACAGUCAUCGUCUUCGAUCCAUCUAAAACUCGUGGCCAACCGUCGGCUAAGCGGUCAAAAACCUCAUCCUCAAACGACCAUCAAAGUACCGGGUCGGACGCUCGGUGUCAAAUAAAUCUCAACGACAUUGAGGAAGACAACGAAGAGCCACAUGAAGAGGCCGAAGCGUUUCAACCACCACGACGACCGGUUGGCCGAGAUAGGGCCAAAAAAGCCGCCCAACCGUCUUCUAGCGGUGUACGAAUCGACUACACCGAAACGUUCGAAAAAGUGACCAAUAAGUUAGACGGCUUGUUGCAAACGAGCCAACAACGGAUCAACUUAAAAAAAGAACACGGGGACCGAAAGCUAAAGCUGAAAGAAAGUCGUCAAAAAGCACUUGAUUUGCAAAUAUUAACAACCGACACGACAAACCUUACUGGAGCCGAGCUCGCUUUAGCCGAGCAAAUGAAGCAAGAAAUUCGAGAAAAAUAUAACCUUUGUUGA